AUAGGAACAUAUUUUGGCUGGAACUUUUACACCGGAGAAGAAAACAGUUGAACCAAAACAGGAAGUGAAUGCGAUCGAGCCUUUUAGAGACCUAACACGGGCGAGAAGACUUGUCUUGAACAUGGACCAAAGCGAUUUGACUGUGGGAGACGACAUGGCGAUUGACUGGGGCGGGAAUUCGGCCCGAAAAGCGGAUUUUACAGCGAGUGUGAGGACGAACGUCCACAAAGGUUUACCUCCACCUAUUGCAGAACCCCUGAAAAUGAGUGUCGUCGAAGGUGACUACCAGUACUACCAUUACGGCUGCGAUGGGCAAAAUGACAGAGGAUGGGGGUGUGGUUAUCGCACUAUCCAGACGAUGGCUUCCUGGCUGAGCCGCAACGUCAAUCCUCAGGUCCAAAGCAGACCACCGCCGAGCAUCCCAGAGAUCCAACAAGCCUUGGUCUCCAUGAUGGACAAGCCAAGCUGGUUUCUGGGCUCCAAAGAGUGGAUUGGGACGUUUGAAGCUUCUAUUGUCCUCUCCUGUUUCUAUGAUGUUCCUUGUAGGUUGGUUCACGUCAGAAGCGGAGGAGCGGAACUGGAGCAGGUGGCCGUGGAAGAACUUCAUCAGCACUUUGCCAAACACGCUUGUCCUGUCAUGAUGGGCGGAGACAGGGAUAACUCGUCGAAGGGGAUCUUAGGGGUGUGCACCGGGACUGUUGGAAGCUACCUGCUUAUUUUGGACCCCCAUUACCAUGGCAGUCCGUUAGAGAGAGGAGAGGUCCAAAGGAGGGGUUGGGUGGAGUGGAAAAGACUAGCAUCUUUCAAUCAGUCCUCCUUUUAUAAUCUGUGUUUACCACAGACUGAGAAAAGAACUCCAACUAGUCAUUGAAAAUUGUGUGUAUAUGGAUACAAACUAAUGACAGCAU